GCCUUGGGUAAACACAAACACUGAAUCCGCUCCACUGCAUAAGCCAUAAACUCGAUUCGUUGGUACGGCUCUCGCGAAAUUAAGCGGUUAUUGGCUUUACUGAACAUGAAAGAAAUAGUUGGUUUUGAAUCAUCACAACUCUGCUUCAACAAGGAAGAAUUCUUCAAGGAUGAGUUCAGCGUGGACGGAUUCGUACUGCGGUACCGCCAGCAGGCCGGACUGGAGAGCCUGCGCACCGACCUGGGCAUGUACCUCAAGGUGCUGCGCUCCUCCAUGAUCGACCUCAUCAACAGGGACUACGCCGACUUCGUCAACCUCUCCUCAAACCUGGUCGGGCUCGACGCUAGCAUCAGCAAGCUGGAGAUGCCGCUGGGCCAGCUCAAGGAGGAGGUUCUGAGCGUGCGCCGCUCGUUUGACGAGCUGCUGGAGCAGACGGGCGGCCGGAUGGCGCGGCUGCACGAGGUGCGCGCCCAGAAGCAGUACCUGCGGCUGCUGGGCUCUCUGCCGGGCUACCUGGACCGGCUGGAGGCGCUGCUGGCCUCCGCUGACGAUCCGGAGAGCUGCGACCCGGACGGCGACACCCUGGAGCGGGCCGCCUCCGAGUACAACCAGCUGACGUACGCGCUGGGCCACUGCGGCGAGCGCGCGGCGCUGGUGGGCCGGCUGCGGCCCCGCGUGGACGCGCUGGCCGGCCGGCUGCAGGAGCGGCUGCGCGCCGCGCUCCUGGCCGGUCUGGAGCGGCGUGACUCGGAGCGGCUGACGCACGUGCUGCGAGUGUUCGCAACCCUCGACCAGGUGUCAGUAGCGGAGGCCCUGUUCCGGGACCGGGUGGUGGAGCCCUACAUGGAGGAGGCCAUCAGCCCGGCGGCGCUGCGGGACAGCCCUCGCGGCCUGCGCGGUCUCUUUGACAACGUGCUGCGCUUCGUCUCGGAGCGGGCCGGCCUGCUGGUGUCCGUCACUCGGCGCGAGCACGGGGCCCACACGGCGCCCCGGUACGACUUUCUGGUGAACGCCGUGUGGCCCUGCAUCGUGGAGAAACUGGAGCAGCAGCUGCCGGCCAUUUUCGCGCCGGGAAACCCAAACACGCUCUAUGAGCGCUACACGGCCAGUAUGGAGUUUGUGGAGCGCUUUGAGCGCGCCUGCGGCACCAUGUCCAGUGUUGAGAGACUGCGCGCUCACGAGGCCUACGACAGCUUCAUGAAAAAGUGGAACCUGCCCGUCUACUACCAGAUCCGACUGCAGGAGACCGGCGGCGCGCUGGAGGCGGCGCUGGCCUCCGGCGCCGCCGGGCCGGCCGUCUGGUUAGCGCUGCAGCGCUGCUGGAGCUCGGGGGUGUUCCUGCGGCCGCUGACCCACCGGUUCUGGCAGCUGAGCCUGCAGAUCGUCUCCCGAUACGCCACCUGGCUGACGGACAGGCUGGCCGCAGAGGAGCGGCGGUCGGGCGAGGUGUCCCUGGAGGAGUGUGUGCGCCACCUGGCGGAGCUGGCCGAGCUCGAGCGCAGACUGGACUCGUUCCUGGAGGAGACCGUGCUGCCCGCGCUGCCGGGGCUGCCCGACGAGGCCGCCCACUCGCUCAGAGCCAGUCUGGCCACGGGCCGGGCCCGGCUGGCGCCGCUGCCCGCCCGGCUCCGCUCGCUGCUGACGGAGCGGCUUGUGGCGGCCGCCGCCGAGCCGAUGCGCGCCGUGCUGGAGAUCCCGCGGCUGUACCGCCGAACCAACCGUGACCCGCCGGCGGCCGCCUCCGCCUACGUGGCGGCGAUGGUGGCGCCGCUGCGACAGUUCGCCGACACGGUCUGCGCCGGCCUGGACGGGCCCGUCACCGCCGGCCACCUCACCGGCGUGGCCACCCAGCUCUGUACGCUGUACGGGGACAAGGUGGCCCAGGUGCUCACCUCCGUCCAGAAGAUGGAGGAGUCGCUCCGCAAGCUGAAGAAGUCGCGGCCGGGCGCGGCGGCGGCGCCGGCCGGCGGCACCGAUGACGACAAGAUCCGACGGCAGCUGGCGCUGGACGUGGCGGGGCUGGGCGGCCAGCUGACGGCGCUGGGACUGGCCGCCGACCGGCUGGACGAGUACCGCGCCCUGCUGGCCCUGGUGGCCGCCGCCGACGGCUCCCAGACGGACGGACCAUGAACGGACGGACCAUGAACGGACGGACCAUGAACGGACAGACCAUAGACGGACGGACCAUAGACGGACGGACCAUAGACGGACGGACCAUAGACGGACGGACCAUGGACGGACCAUGGACGGACGAACCAUAGACGGACGGCUCCCAGGCGGACGGACCAUAGACGGACGGACCAUAGACGGACGGACCAUAGACGGACGGACCAUGGACGGACGGACCAUAGACGGACGGACCAUGGACGGACGGCUCCCAGACGGACGGACCAUAGACGGACGGACCAUGGACGGACGGACCAUAGACGGACGGACCAUAGACGGACGGACCAUAGACGGACGGACCAUGAACGGACGGACCAUAGACGGACGGACCAUGAACGGACGGACCAUAGACGGACGGACCAUGGACGGACGGACCAUAGACGGACGGACCAUAGACGGACGGACCAUGGACGGACGGACCAUAGACGGACGGACCAUGGACUGACCAUAGACCUGCGGAUCGUUAACUGACGGACAAUACACUGACAGGCACAGACUGACAGAUCAUGGAUGGGGUCAUGGAUAGACCAUAUGUAGACGGACCACAGACAGACUGUUGACCGCCGCCGGCUGAUCAUAGACGGUUGACUGACAGACGGGCACCAUUGGUCGGCCAGCGGGGCAUGCAAGACGUGCGAUGAGGGCAUUAUUACGCCGUGCGUAGUUCACGGAGAAGGGACCUUUGAGGCAGUUAUGGAUGCGAUGAGCCGCCCUUGUUAUGUAUUCUAGCUUUGUGUGACUUAUGGUGUUGGAUGCAGUGCGUCUCGCACAUAUUUAUUGAUACCGUCAAAGAUAUAUUCAAAUAUACAUAAUUAUGUCAC